UUCCUUGCCGUAGAAUCUAAAAACCCCACCCACACGCACAGGUUCGAAGCGAAAGCAAAACCGCAAAGAAACCAGUAGAGCAUGCGCGUUGCCGCGACUCGACCCUUCUUCCCCGCUCCCGGUGCCCUCUUCGCCGCCCUAGCCCUCGUCCUCGUCGGCUCCGCCUCUCUCGCGAUCGGAGCCAUGGCCAGCCACGUCCUCGGCGGCAAGCGCGAGAGCCCCGCCGCCGCCAACAGCUUGGAGACCGACGGCCUCGCCCGAUUCGCCGUCGACGAGCACAACAAGCGCGAGAACGCGCUGCUGGAGUUCGUGCGGGUUGUGGAGGCCAAGGAGCAAACGGUGGCCGGCACGCUGCACCACCUCACGCUCGAGGCCAUCGAAGCCGGGCGGAAGAAGGUGUAUGAGGCCAAGGUCUGGGUCAAGCCGUGGCUCGACUUCAAGGAGCUGCAGGAGUUCCGCCACACCGGGGACGCCACCUCCUUCACCACCUCCGAUCUCGGCGCCAAGAAAGGUGAACAUGAGCCUGGAUGGCGUGAUGUGCCUGUACAUGAUCCUGUAGUCAAAGAGGCUGCAAGUCAUGCGGUGAAAUCAAUCCAAGAGAGGUCGAAUUCCCUUUUCCCAUAUGAACUUCUCGAAAUCAUUCGCGCUAAGGCAGAGGUUGUCGAGGACUUUGCCAAGUUUGACAUCCUCCUGAAAUUGAAGAGAGGGACCAAGGAGGAGAAAAUCAAAGCAGAGGUCCAUAAGAACCUUGAAGGAGCUUUUGUGCUGAACCAGAUGCAGCCAGAGCAUGAUGAAUCUAGCAGCCAAUGAAUCUGGCGUGUUAAGCUCAAUAGUUAUAUAUAUGUAGUUUGUGUUCGACAAUAAGAAGUAAACUUGCCUCUACCUGGAUAUCUUGCAUUCUGCACCGCGCUGGCUGUUGAAUGCAGCACGACUGGAACUCUGUCCUAACUAGUUGGAACUGUUUCCGGUUGCUGCUAAUGUUUGAACAUGCAACCGAUCCUGUAACUCUUUAAAGGAUACAGUGGGGGUGUGGUGAAUGACGUUGUACCUUGUUAAUGUGAAUCCCACGUUCAAAUAUCACAGGUUGCAAA